AUGGCAACGGACGCCGGGCUCCGGACUCGGUCUCCGCAGCCGGCAGCGCCGCGGGAGCGCGCGUCCAGGGCUCGGAUGGCUAGCUGGGACGACGCACCCGAGACCGAGGAGUGCCGGAAGAUCCUCGCGAGCCUCGAGGCCUCUAUUGAGCAGUUCCAGGUCAACCGCAGACUUAACAUUUCAGAUGAGUUAAAGGUUGGCUUUUUCAACACAGACCACGCGACUCAAACAGAUUCCAGUGAAAUUUUGGCAGUAAAAGAGUUGAGUUCAACGACACAAAAUUUAGUGCAGAUUGUUAAAUCCCUCCAGGUGGAGUUUGGGUUCCUCAAACAAUUGCUUCAGUUGAAGUUUGAGGACAGGCUUAAAGAGGAGUCUUUCAAGCUCUGCAAUGUUCUACAUGACAGGAUCGUAGAGCUCGAAAAAUGCCGUCAACAGAAUGAGGAUAAAAUAAGAAAGUGCUUCUAUCAGCAGUUAGCUGACGCCAUAGCUGUUGUCAAAGGAAUGUACAAGCAAUUCUUUGAGGUAGAAGAAGAGGUGGUUGCUUUGCAAGAUGCAAAUACUGUCAAAAUGAAUAUUUUGUCAAGAAAACUGAGAGAAAAAGAAGACAUUAUUAAGGAGUUAGAAGAAGAACUAGACCAAUAUGAAGAAUAUGGAUUUCUAAGACGUGGCUCUUUGGCCAGAGAUACCAGCUCCACAAAGUCAACCCUUGAAAAGGAAAAUUUGGAGUGCAGAGCGGAAAAUGAGAGACUGCUUCAAAUCAUUUCAGAGCUUGAGGAGGAAGUCCGACUCAACAUAAAAGAAAAUUCAGAAUUAGAAGAUGAAGUUAUAACUCUGAAAGAGAAGGCAGAUACGGAUCAUAGAACUAUUCAAAAGUUACUGGAUGGUAGAGAGAGAUUAAGAAAUGAGCUUGAACAUGAACAAUUACUCGUCCAAGAUAUGAUUAAUAGACAGAAAGAGGACAUGGAAUCAAGAAGGUUUGGCAGCCUGAGCAUCAGGCACUUGCGAUCAGCCAGGUGGAAAGAGACCUCCUCGUCCCCGUGUCCCCCACAGUCCAAGCCCCAGUCCAAGCCCGAAGCAGCUUCAAGGCCACAUUCUGCGUCUACCAGUGCAUCGUCUGCUGGGUCCAAAAAAUCUAAGACUUCAAAGAAGAAAGCUUUAAAGCAAAAGCGGCCUGGGAAAAUGAAAGUUACUAAAGAAGAGAAACCAGAACCCGUUAAAGAAAAGGUAAGACGUUUAACAACUGUUUCGCCACAUGAAGGAAGGAAGGUGAAACUCUUAGUGAAUGAGCUUGAAGAAAAAAGUUCUUCGACAGUGCAAAUAGAAGCACUACGGGCCACUAUUGAGAUUGAGAGGAGGAAGCUAGAAAGGUUUAGGAAGGAAGCAGAACGGAUCAACAGAAACUGGGAGAAAAGAUUCCUUAUUCUCAGGAACAGCUUUCAUGCCCUCAAGGAUGAGAUGUUUACUAGGCACACACUGUAUCGUCAGUUUGCAAUGCUUGCUAAUACAUCCUUCAAUUAUGUUAAAAUAAAACCCUUAAUCGUGCAGUCUAAAGUGAACUUGACCGGUACUACAUCUUCAAGUGAUUACCAUGUAUCUUUGAUAGACCCCAGGUACCUAGACGUGGGCAGUGACCAGGUAUCCUUUCAAAUUGCAGCAAGAGGGAAGUUUUCGGAAACCCUGGAAGACCCUUACGAGAAGCCAUCGAUGCCCCAGAACAGCCCCGCGGACACUCCUGACUAGCCCGGCAGAAAGCUGGGCCGCGCGGAGCGGGGGCACGGAGAGAGGGCCCUCACCCUCCCGGCGCAAGGCCUGCCUCCCUGGCAAGGGGUGCCAUCUCCAAGGGGUUUCUAAACUAACUGUUCAGUCCCUCCGGAUUGUGUACAUUAACGCGAGCACCGAGUUUGAACGGAGCUCUGCGUGCACCUCCUGUGCGCACCUUCCUGGGCCUUUAAGGAAAGCGCUGGCUGGCGCGGGGCGCACAGACCCCGGGGCGGCCACAGCCAUUGGGGCGCCCAGGCGCCUUAGGAUGGGAAGGGCUGGGUAUCAAUUAAAAAGUU